AUGUUUGAGUUAAAGAAAACCAUUGACGCUUUAGUUGUUCUAGCAGGUAAGGUUUCAGAAUAUAACGCAAAAAUGAACCCACAAUGUUCAAAAUGUAAAGCAGCAAUGAGGAAAUAUAACUACUCCGUCAAAGAGAUAGAAAGAAUGCGAAACGACUAUGCAGACUUAAAGAAAGAAGCAGAAAAGCCAGCAGAAGAUAAAAUGAACAUGUUAGAAUUUCUUAAUAAAAAUUAUCCAACAGCAGAAGAUUUCCUUCUAUCUGACGUCAAGAAGAAGUAUAAAGAAACUUUCGGCAUUGUUAAAACAUUCGAUGUACUGACAGAAGAAAUAGAAGCUACGAAAUUGUUUAGAAUUUCAAAUAUACAUCGUACAAUUCAUGUGAAACGCUUGUGA